AUGGCACCAAUUACUCGUUUAAAAAACUUUAUGGCAGAGAAAAAAAUUUUCGAAUCUGAACUUCGUAAAAACAAUUCCGACGUAGAAAUUUUGCAAGAAAUUUUCGAAUCUGAACUUUGUAAAAACAAUUCCGACGUAGAAAUUUUGCAUGCA